CUGACUGAAUAAAAAUGAAAAGACGAUAAUCAUUUUCGCAUACAAUAUAAAAAUAGCCCUGCACCAAACAAAUACAGUACAACUUCAACCAUGAGACUGAUAUUGUUCACAUUAAUCUCAGUUUUCGGCUUAACCGUCGGACUACUGGAUCUGAGGGAGGAGUUGAAACAGUACAAGGACCAGUAUUUACGGGCGGCAACGGCAAAAAUCAACCAAACAUGCCCAAACAACGAUGACGAAAUCAACGAGACAAUAAAACAAGUGGAAACAUGCACCGACAAAAUAACCACGUUCGACACGAAAACGAUGUGCGACAUCAUCGAGACCCACUUCACCGAGUGCACGAAGCCGCUCAGCCAACUCUUCACCGACUGCGCCCCCGAGAACGCCAAGCAAACGCCGGAGUUCGUCUUCCAUUCGGUCGUGCGUAUGUUCAAACAUGUCUGCGACAUGGACGGAGAGCACAUCCUGGAGCUGAUCAACCCUUGCUUCUGGUUCGGCAUCGACACCGAUGAUUCGAAAUGUAUGCAAGAGGUACAGAAAAAAUACAACAGUUAUAAGAAGAAACUGCCGUCGAAAUCGCAACUUUGCGGACUGUUGGAGGAGCUGAAAGAAUGCGCCGGAGAGCCGCUGAAGAAGGCCUGUCAUAAUCCCAUAACCAGAGAGUCUUUCGGUGGAAUCGUCAAUGCCAUUUACGACGAAUGUAACUGACAAUUUUUAUUGGAAUUGUGUUGAUUUACAAUAAAUAGUUCAAGGAA